GGACUUGUGAGAGAGGUUUUCGUGUCUCAGACUUCGCACGUUAAACCAACCCAGACAGACUGUUUCGGAGGAGUUUCUACAUAGGUGAGCUCGUUAGUAAGAUCUGUGAACUUCCAGUGAUAACAAUUGAUGGAAGCUGCACCGUAUGAUAACGUGGAGUUCCCGGUCAGAAAGCCAGGCACGGGGACGUGGCCUGGACCGGGACAAAACGCCGCUGCGUCCUCUUCGUCGGUAAAGACAGUGCAUGUGCAACAGUCGACUGCGAAGGACGGGAGGGUGGGACCCAAGUUAGCCCCACUCAUGGAAAGUAUGGAGGUAGCGGAAUCGGAAGAUCAGAGGAUGCAGGCAAAGAUGUUCCAUUCUUCACAGUUAGGAUCCCAUUCAACGGUAUCAUCUUCAAACACGACAUCCAAACCGCCAGCGUCACAGCUACACACAUCCUCGACAACACAGUCCGGCGGUCAGUCCCACACUGUCCACGUCCAGAACCAGCCCCAGUCCAUCGGCAAUGUCACCACAUACGUCCCACAGAAGGUCAACCAGCCUCUCAAGUCCAAGAAAGACUCCGAGCCCCCUGAGCAGGAAGAUGAAGACUUCAGAAGGAGCGACUUCAACCCAGCAUCUCAGACGGUGCUGGACAAGGCCUACACUGACCACAAACACUUCUAUAGACUCAAUACUACCAUUCUGGACGAGGGAAGCAACCUGAAACAGGAGGUGAUAGAUCUCUAUAGGAAGGCCGGGGAAACACUGUCAUACGAACAACUGAUUCAGGGUAUGCUUGUGGAGGGGGAGAAGCUGCUUCUGGGAGGAUGCUGGCUCUACUUCACUAACGUUGAGUUCUAUGACAUGGAGUGCUCCAAGAUGCUUAAAGAACCAAUCGGAAGAGGGCGAAUAUGUCUGACCAAUAAAAGGGUGUUGUUACUGUCGGCGGAGAUAUUCACGGAUUCGUCAUUAAAUGAUUUCGGCGACACCAGCAAGCCGACGGGGGGUUACAAGUUGCAAGUUACCAAGUCCAACAACAUCUUCUACCAGAAUCUUCCGCUGAACACUUUCCACAGUGCUGAGAUGUCGGCCUCAGUUGGUACCACAACGCAGUCCAAGAUCAGCAUCCUCAACCCCAUCUGCUGGGGAGCGUGCUCGUGCUUCGGGGUUGGCCGCUGCUCGCGGUCGUGGAAAACCACUCCGCCCAUGACGAAGACGUUCAACAGGCGAGUGGUGAAGAUGGGAGUAGCAAUGCCCCCGUGGGGGACGAAAAUGUUUGUUAAUGUCUAUCUGGACCCGGAAAUGUCUCUAACCACUGCACGUGACUUUGUGGCGCAGCUUCAGUACCACGCCCCCCACUUACAGUGAUAGCAGCGGUUCAGGCUGACCAAGGGUCAGCGGUCACACUUGUGAGAAGAAGGCAUCAAGGAACUUUGAUGGAGAAACAAAAAUGUGCAUGUUUACCUCCGAAAUUCAUAUUGGAAAAUACCUGUUACCAUUAGCUUCUUAGAGAAAUUGUUUUAUUUCUCAUGGAUUUUCUCUGGAAAGCCAGUCGUUUUCUUAACUGGUCUCUGCACACGUUGAAGACGGAUUAGCAUGGAUUAGACUGACUGAUCAAAGAUGUUUUUCCUCAUGUUUUCGAGAUGUAGAAAAAUGUGUCGCCAUUUUGUUUUGAGGAAAACACUUUGGAAUUGCUGAACACACAAGAACUGCAGAGACAGUGAUGGUAUUUUAAUGGAUGUAUAUGGGAAGUCUAUAUCGCUGGAUAAACCACGGCUGGAGACACUAGCGGUUCUCACAAACAGGUGUAUUCAUUUCUUCACUGAGUUCAUCUCUCGGACGAUGUGCAUAUUAUAUCGUUGAGUUCAACUUUGAGGUCGUGACUCGUUAGUGAUUAGAGUUGACUCUCACGAAUGGUGCUGACAUUUGAUAGUGCAAUGAAGGAUCUAAUAUAUAUUCAGUUUCUAUUACACAAGCUUGAAGCUGUCAUACGUCCAUGCAAGCGUGCCAUUUAACUUCUGCCUUAUAUACAGAACUUGGUGCAAUAACGGGGGACGGGGUUUGACUACUGAAACCCUAAGGUUUCUUUUCCAUGUAGAAGACGAGGAUAUGUGUUCAUAGAGACCACAACCUGUAGAAGGUGCGUCCAGAAAGGAAACACUAUUAAAACACUCAUACUCAAAACUGUAUUUCCAGAAUAUGGAAGAUGGAGAUGGUUGUCUUCCAUUUUUCGAUUUCAAAAGCUUAUAGAUACUGAAUCAAAACUUAUCGACAAGAUACCAGAAUUACAGGGUGAUACGAACGACAUUGUCAAGAUGUAUUGAAAUGAUAAGUAGAAGGUGUUUUAUUCUUUCAAAGUGAAUAACGUUAAGAUAUAUGUAUCUUUUGCCCUCGCAUCUACCCACGUAUUUGUCCACGCGCGUCCACCGCGUCAAUUCCGCGUCCAUCUUCUGUCAGCCACGCGUCUUUCCUGCGUCUGUUCCUGAUAUUAUUACACAUGAUCACUUGAGUGGCGCCAUAAGGUUUUAUGACCAAGUGACCUUGAUUUCCAUUUUGUGUAAUACUUCGGGAAGAAACAGGGAAGAAUGCUUCAGCGAGUUUGCAAACACAUUUACCCAAUAAACAAAGGUCAUUUAUGAGCCUCUUGCAAACCUCCAAUAGUCAAUGCCUAUCUCAAUAUGUAUCUCUCUGUAUCGUUAAUUUCUAGAUAUGUAUCACUGAGAGAUGUAAUCCUCUACAGCCAUCUCUGUAAUUAUGAUUCCUGCCUAGGUAUGUUUCUAAUUAAACAUGUAUAUCAGUA